AUGGCAUCACUCACUGCCAUUCUUCCUAAAUCAAGUAUCUUCAAAAUCGCAAUCGAUGGACCUGCCGCCUCUGGGAAAAGUACAACAGCAAGACACGUCGCGCAUCGAUUAGGAUUCACGUAUAUUGAUUCGGGGGCCAUGUAUCGAGCGAUAACAUUGAAAGCACUUCGCCGAAAUAUACAAUUCGAAUCUCCUAGUGAAAUGCCACACAUCAUCAAUCUAGCAAAUACUUCAAAAAUUCACUUCGCCACCACCACACCAAUUGGAGGCUCUGGGAAUGACAACACGCCACAAACCAUCGUCUAUUUAGAUGACGAAGAUGUUUCCGCCGACAUCCGAACAAUGAACGUUUCACGUAACGUGUCAUUCGUCGCCGCUCUCCCCGAGGUACGAAAAGCCAUGCUUGCCAAACAAAGGAGAUAUGCAAACUCCACGGAUAUUGAUGGGGUGGUGAUGGAUGGACGUGAUAUUGGUACGGCGGUGCUUCCCGAUGCCCAAGUGAAAAUAUUUCUGACGGCUAUUACUAAUGUACGAGCGAUGCGGCGAUACGAACAGUUGAAAAAAAAAGAAAAGGAGUUGGUUGUAUACGAAGAAAUAUUACGUGAUAUAGAGAAAAGAGAUAAAGCAGAUUUAGAGAGAAAAGUUUCGCCAUUGAGAAAGGCGAUUGAUGCUGUUGUACUAGACACAACAACUUUGAGCUUGAGUGAAAUUGUUGGCAAAAUUAUAGAAAUGACUAAUAAUAUGAAAAGUGAUGCUGUACAAUUAUCAGGAAUUAAUUCGUCAUUGAAUGAAUCAACAAUCCAGACGCAAAUAUAG